AUGGUUUUCGCGGGAAGGAGGCACCUCGACGGUCACCCGGUCAGCCAUCCGUGCCUUCCCCCCUUGGUCGCCCCCCAAAGGUCCACGAAUACACAACCAAACUUUCAUCCGAUGCCAUUCCGCCACAAUCAGAGCCUUCAUAUACCCCCUCAAUCCCAUUCCUGUCACCAGCACAGCAGGCGCCCCCUAGGUCGGGGGUCAGGUCAAACUGUGGCGUGGGUGGUGGAAUGGUUAAUGGUCAACAUUCAAAUCGCCAACCAGCCUACGCGACGACAGGCUCAGCGCAUACGAGUACCGAGUUCGAAUCCCAGCAUGAGCACCAAGAGAUGUAGCCCCCAAUUCAGCACCGGGGGGGUGAACUCUUUUGACCUUUUUGACCUUUGUAGAUGUUUGCUGAGAUCCUCCACAAUUACGAGGCUCCGACCGCUGUCGAGUUCAUAA